GAGCAGUUGAACGAGUCGUUGCGUACCAGCGCUGAGGCCAACACGAGCACCACCAACGACACCGUCGAGGACUACCGGCAACAGAUACGCCAAUUGGAGGGCGACCUACAGAUGGAAAGGGAGGCACUGAAGGCCACGCAGAGCCAAACCAUGGCACAGAUCGGUCGACUCGAAGAUAACCAAAAAUCACUCGUAGACGAGAUAUCGAUACUACAGCGCAAUAUAGCGGUGGAGAAGUCGGCGAAUCAGGAACUGGAGGUACGGCUGAAGAACGCACUGAAAAUGAGCGAAGACGUGGACAGGGAUUACAAUGAGUUCAAAGUGAAGGCCAACAAAACGCUGGCCGAUAAGGACGAACUCAUACGCGCCCUCAAGAGCACCGGCGACCCGGACGGCACUGGCGAGGCGGACGAUGCCGUCAAACGUGUUCUACAGUCUCAGUGCGACGCUAUGGUACUCGAGAUACAGGAGCUCAGAGAGAAGUACGAGUCGGUGCGCCGGCAGUUGGACCGCGUGAACAACGAAGACGUCGUGGCGUUGACGACGAGAGUGCACUCGUUGGAGGAACAGCUCGCCGGUGAACAACAGGUGCGACAGGACGUGGAGCUCGAGCUCCGGCAGUCGCGCGACGAGAGCCGCUAUUUUCAGGAGGAUUUGCAUCAAACGCGUCAGUCAUUAGAGUCGCGGAUCGGCGACAGGGAUGUGGAGAUCGAGAAGUUGCGGAAACAAGUGGUCAGCAAACGGAGUGGUAAUGCAGAGGAAUACGAGCAGCGGUUCCGGAAUCUGACGGAGAAUUUGAUACAAAAGCAAACAAUUGUCGAGUCGUUGACGUCGGAGAAGCACUCAUUGAGCCUACAGUUAGAAAGGAGUGAACAGCGGCUCAGGGAUGCGCUCGCGAACAGUCAGAAGAGCGCUGAAGUAUCGAUAGGUAUACACCACUCGCCGUCGUUUACGAAUUUAGUGAACCGAUCGUCGGUUCGACCCCUGGUUGAGGACUAUCCCGAAGACGGAAACGUCACCCGAAGAGUGAAGAGAGCUUACGGACAGAUCGAUGCCUUCAGUAUAAGACUGGGAAACUUUUUGCGCGCCUACCCCUCAGCCCGGGCCGCCGCACUGGUCUACGUAUUUAUAUUACAUAUAUGGGUGGCGUUUGUGUUGAUAUACUACGAGCCCGAACAGCACGGGCCUAACUUUAAGAUGCCUGAUAUGAGUACCGACUGAUGACUACUCGUAUGUUUUUUGGACCACUUUUUGGGACUCCGUUUUAUUUUGUUGCCAACAAACCGACUGUUUUUUACACAAAAUAUAUAUUUAUAAAUAAUAUGUAUAAUUAUUUGUCAUAAUAAUUAUAUACGAAAAAUGUUUUUUAUUUUAUAUUAAUAUGUAUGAAUAGUUAAAUUUGAUUAUAUGACUGAGUUUUAAGCCUUGCUUAUAAUGUUGUACAUGUAUAUUUAUUGCCUAUGAAUUCAAAUAAAUUAUUGAAAUGUUAA